CAAAAAUUCAAGACGCGUUGUCAACAUGUUUAAAGACGCCAUGAACCUGGUCACUGCAAAAAGCUCGGCUUUUUGGCGGCUCGAAGCAGUAUUGUCUCUCGGGCAAGUGCUGGUGGCAGGGAAAGAAAUUCAGUUGCGUUUGGCCCUGUCGCCUCUACUCUCAGCACAAAUGGACGGUUGGCAAUGGGCCAGGCAGGCCGCUGAAUUUUUGCUUGCUAAGGUUCAAAACUUUCAGAAGCACGACGCUGCCUUUCAGGAGAAGGAGGAAUAUUCGCCCGUUGUCACCCACAAGCAGCUGCUGCAGACAUUAAGGACCUUUGAUCCCCUCAUUACCAACCAGCAGCUGGAAUGGGUCCUUGGGAAGGAGCACACAUCAGGAAGCUCGUUAGUAUCCCUCGAGGAACUUUGGGCCGAUCUUCAGGAAGGCGACUUUGAGGUCGAUCCGGUAGAGUUAUCCUUCGACAUGUUGAGCGAUCAGAACCAAGAGUUCUUGGACCUUGAGAAGGUCCGAGAGGCCCUCACACAGAGUGGAAUCAGUGGCUUAACGGACGAGAUCAUGUCGAAAGCAAUCAGAAGGAUACGAGAUUUGGCUCGCGAAAAUGUCAGGGACGCAAGAGGGAAGAAGAAAGAGGAAGUUGACUUCCGUGACUACAGGACCCCUUCGUGCGGCAGGUCCGGGUGGAGUUGAGACGACCUAUCUUUGACCAGAGCGGGUCGAUUGUGAUCACAAUUUAGCGAUGGCCUCCAACCUAAUAGCAAAAGGAACCUAGUAGGAAUGGCCUCCAACCUAAGAGCGAUGGCCUCCAACCUAGAAGCGAUAGCCUCCAACCUAAUAGCGAUGGCCUCCAACUACUUGCACCAUUUCACAGAAAAGUCUGUGGAUGUUUC